CAAUACAGUUGCCUUACACAGUCAUCAGAGCAACAUCCAGUUGAAGAGGUACGCAUUAUCAAGAUUAAUUACAUAUUUUGGCCAUGGCCAUGGGUAGUAAAAGGGCAUCAAGUGGACUGCACUGUUACUGAAGGCGGGAUUUCAUUCACACUUCUACAAGCACACAAGUAACCAAAGGUGUCAAUCAUGGCCAGGCCACCAAUCACAGGUGAGCUCAGGUGACAACCACACCCCCCAGCCUUGUGCCGGUGUCCAGUAGCACUAAGCUUAUCUUUGUUGCUAUUAUGUGAUUUAUACUUAAUGCAGAGCACCCCACAUUUAGCAGUUAUUCCUUUAUUCAAGAUCUUGUGAACCACUACUGUACUGCCACCACAUUGUACAUGGAGGAUACAUCAAAGCAUUGCAGGUAGAGCGUGGAAUGUGGAAACAUCAUAAUACUACAGGUCUGCGACAGAGAGGAACACUACAGCAUGAAUCUAUGUAAAUAUAGUCUGAACUUCUACCUGGUGGUACUGGCAGCUUUUCUGAGCAUGCAUACCCCAGCUAUGACGCAGGCAAAGAAGAGGAGGAUGAAGACUGGUGAACACUGUGGUCGCCAGCGCCACUUCUGGCACAGGGUCAACACGUGUAUGGUUGGGUUCAGAGACUUGCUGGACGAGUAUCAUGUCCAACAGAAACAGGAGCCUUCCAUGAUAGACAUGCUGGUCAUGGCUUUGGGACUCAAGAAACUGUGCAGGGGCUAUGAAGAAAUGCUGAUGUGCCUCCACGUAGUCCUGUCCAAAUGCAGCGUGGCAAACAACAAGCACAUGAAGAAACUCCAGAGACAACUUAUGCCCCUCAGAGGACGUAUGGAUGCAUUCUGCAACCCACGGCGCAUUGAACAACUUCAGGAUAAUCUCUUUAACAGGCUCAAGACACGCAACUCCACAGAAGUGAGGGAGGUUUAUGCUAAAGUAGAGGGUACUUCUGGUAAUAAGAAUGACGAUACCCAAAAUAAUGGUGUGAGGAGACCCAAAGUGACUACUCAAACCACCACUACCAGUACUACUCCUGCUUCAGUGAUAAUCUACCCCUCGCAGGAAUCUCAUCCUGAUCAUAAACAACAGCUGAGACAGUUUGUGCUUCACCUGCCUGGAAAGGCUGCAACAGAGAAGGAUGCCCCUGUAGAUGGCAAUACCCAGGGACAAUGGGCAGUACUGAACACAAUAAGAAAUACUGUACAAGCACUAGACACAACUACUGCCUAUCCAACAGGACAAGUCUCGAACAAAAUGGGAACAAAUGGUGAAACAGACACGACAUCUUUUGUAAAUACAAGCAGUGCUGGGAAUGAUACACGUAGCAACAGUAAGGGAUUAAACACUGCAACUGGUAUUAAUACAUACAAUAAUAAAAAUUCAACAGAGGAAAGUGACUUAUUAAGCACUGUUUCAUCUGAGCCAAAGACUCUCUCAAGUACAGAGACUGAAACAGACAAGGUAUCUGCUACUAUGCAAAAUAAUAAUGCACUGGAGGAUUCUGAGAUCCACCAUAAUAAAGCUGCUGGACACAGCUAUUCACUGACAUAUCUUUCAUUAUAUUCCACACUGAUAGUGACAGUUUCAUUAAUACAGACAAUGCCCCCUCUGUAGUACUGCAGCUUAUGUUAUACUUGU